AUGCGACCUUCAAAGUUGCAUCCUUUCGCUCAACAAAUUCAAGAAUCCCUCUAUGUUUCAAUCUCAAGAGCACUAUCUUUAACAUCAAACAUCAAAGAACUUCACAAAAUUCAUUCAUUUUUAAUUACUUCAGGACUCGUUAGAACAGUUUUCUUCUCUGGCAAACUCAUCAGCAAAUACGCUCAGCUGAAAGACCCACAUUCAUGUUCAUCGGUCUUCAUCAGCGUUUCGCCUACCAACAACGUCUAUCAAUGGAAUACUAUCAUAAGAGCGAUGACCCAUAAUGGAUUAUUCAUAGAAGCACUGAAUCAUUAUACCAAAAUGAGGGUAUUGAAUAUAAAACCUGACCCCUUCACUUUUCCUUCGGUGAUUAAUUCCUGUGCGGGUUCAGGGAAGUUUGACACAGCUAAGAUUGUUCACGAACAUGUUUUGGAGUUGGGGUUCCAAUCUGAUUUAUAUAUUGGUAAUGCGUUGAUUGAUAUGUACGCGAGGUUCUCUACACUGGACAAAGCACGCCAGGUGUUUGAUGAAAUGCCAAACAGAGACUCAGUUUCUUGGAAUAGUCUGGUUUCGGGUUAUAGUGCACAUGAGGAAUGGGAAAAAGCUUUGGAAACUUUUCAUCAAUCAAGAACAGCUGGAUUGACACCAGAUUCCUUCAUGGUGUCGAGUGUUCUUCCUGCUUGUAGUGGGCUAAAUGCGAUCAUGGAGGGUCAAAUUGUUCAUGGUUUGUCAUUAAAACUUGGGAUUGAUAUCAACACAAGAGUAUGCAAUAGUCUUCUUUCAAUGUACCUCAAAUCCAACAAAUUAGAAGAGUGUCACAAGGUUUUCAAUAAAAUGCCCAUUAGAGACGCAAUUACAUGGAACACUGUAGUCUCAGGGUACUCUCAAUUAGCCUUAUAUCAAGAAUCUAUCAUGUUGUUUAAGGAGAUGUUGAAUAAACACAAACCAGAUCUUUUAACAAUUACUUCUGUUCUCCAUGCUUGUAGUAACAUUCGGGAUUUGGAAUCUGGAAAAUUUGUACAUAAUUACAUGGUUGUAAAUGGAUACGAAUGUGAUAUAACAGGAAGUAAUAUCCUUAUUAAUAUGUAUGCAAAAUGUGGCAACUUGUCAGAAGCAAGAGAAGUUUUUGACAAAAUGAAAACCAGGGAUUUGACAUCAUGGAACUCGUUAAUCAAUGGUUUUGUUAAAGCAUCAUUAUAUGAGGAAGCAAUUGAAACUUUCACAUCAAUGAAAAUGGACAUAACACCUGAUUUUGUCACAUACGUGACAAUUCUUCCUAUAUGUACAUUUCUCAUGAGCUUAAAGUUAGCAAAAUCAUUUCAUUGUGAAACGAUUAAAUCGGGGUUUAACUCCAGCAUAAUUGUGAGAAAUGCUCUCAUUGAUGUUUAUGCUAAAUGUGGCAAAAUGGAAGAUGCAUUGAACCAAUUUGAUAACAUGAAAGAUCGCGAUAUCGUAUCAUGGAACACGAUUAUUUCCGCAUGUUCUCAUUCCGAGGAAUACAAUUUAGGGUUUAAAAUAAUUAAUCAAAUGAGAAUCGAGGGAAUUUUACCUAAUGUAGCUACAAUUUUAACCACAUUACCUUUAUGUUCAAAUCUUGGAGCGAAACGACAAGGUAAAGAGCUUCACGGGUGUGUUUUUAAGUUAAAUUUUGAGUCAAACAUUCCAAUCGCAAAUGCACUAAUCGAAAUGUACUCAAAAUGUGGAAAUUUAAAAAAUUCAAUCCGAGUAUUUGACCAUAUGAAAGUUAAAGAUGUUGUGACAUGGACAACAUUGAUUUAUGCAUACGGGAUAUACGGUCAAGGAAAUAUGGCAAUAAUAGCAUUUGGGAAUAUGAAAGCUGCCCGAAUAAUUCCUGACCGAAUCGCCUUUCUUUCCAUUAUCUUUGCGUGUAGUCAUUCGGGUUUGGUAGAAAAAGGUAGGGCUUAUUUUAACGAAAUGACAAAAGAUUACAAAAUUGACCCGAAAAUCGAACACUACGCUUGUGUGGUUGACCUUCUUUCGCGAUCCGGGCAGCUGCCCGAAGCCGAAAAAUUCAUUCUUUCCAUGCCAAUGACUCCCGAUGCAAGCAUAUGGGGUUCUUUACUUAGUGCUUGUCGGGCAAGUGGGACCCACACCAAGAUCGCGGAACGUGCUUCAAAACGUAUAAUCGAAUUGAAUUCAAACAAUCCCGGAUAUUAUAUUUUGGUAUCGAAUGUAUACGCGAGUUUAAAGAAAUGGGAUGAAGUUAGAAAGGUGAGAAAGUUAAUUAAAGAUAAGGGAUUUAAGAAAGAUGCGGGGCGUAGUUGGUUAGAUAUUGAUAAAAAGAUUUAUGUUUUUAGUAGCGGGGAGAAGUUUUUUGAACAAUAUGAAGAGGUUAAGAAUUUGCUUGAGGUUCUUGGGGAGUUGAUAGCGAAAGAAGGGUAUAUUGGUAAUUUGAGAUCUGUUUUUCAUGAUGUUGGAGAAGAUGAGAAACGAGAGAUUCUUUGUGGGCAUAGUGAAAGGCUUGCGAUUGCUUUUGGAUUGUUGAAUACGAAACCGGGAACACCGUUGCAGAUAAUGAAGAAUUUACGGGUUUGUGAGGAUUGUCAUACUGUGACUAAGUAUAUAUCGAAAAUUGUGGAAAGAGAGUUUUUAGUUAGAGACGCAAAUCGGUUUCAUUUAUUCAAAAAUGGAAGUUGUAGUUGUGGUGAUUAUUGGUGA